AUGAGCUCCGCCAACUUGCGAGGACAUAAGGCGCUGCCCGGACCGGCUUCGGACGCCAUGGAGGGUCAGGCGCCGGAGCCCGGCGAGGACGUGCGCUUGAGCGGCUACCUCCGCAAGCACAAGUCCAUGCACCGGCGCUACUUUGUGCUGCGCUCGGGGUCGGAGCGCGGCCCGGCCCGGUUGGAGUACUACGAGAGCGAGAAGAAAUUCCGCGGCAAGGCCCCCGUCCCAAAGAAGGCCGUGCUCCUGGAGACCUGCUUCAACAUCAACAAGCGGGCCGACUCCAAGAACAAGCACAUGAUCGUCUUGUACACGCGGGCGGAGAGCUUCGCGGUGGCGGCGGAGAACCAGGCGGACCAGGACGAGUGGUACCAGGCCAUGGUGGACUUGCAGUGCAAAAGUAAAAACCCCACUGACAAAGGGGCUGCCGGGGACUAUGGCGUCCCUAAUCCCGGACCGGCCUUCAAAGAGGUUUGGCAGGUGAAAGUCUGGCCCAAAGGUCUGGGGCAAGCCAAAAACCUGGUGGGCAUUUACCGUCUCUGCCUCACUGAGAAGACAAUCAACUUUGUUAAGCUCAACUCUGACGCCGCCGCUGUGGUACUGCAACUCAUGAAUGUCCGACGCUGUGGGCAUUCUGAAAAUUUCUUCUUUGUCGAAGUCGGCCGCUCUGCGGUGACAGGCCCGGGCGAGUUCUGGAUGCAGGUGGAUGAUUCAGUGGUGGCUCAAAACAUGCACGAAACAUUAUUGGAGGCUAUGAAGGCACUAAGCGAAGAGUUCCGCCAGCGAAGUAAAUCUCAGUCCAAUUCCGGUCCAGGAGGAGGUGCAACCGCUUCGAACCCUAUCAGCGUUCCCACACGCCGUCACCACUCAAACCCUCCACCCAGCCAGGUGGGGUUCACCCGCCGACCGAGAACAGAGCCUCCCGGAGGAGCUAACGGCGGGACGGGGAUGAGCAGCGCCAGCGCUUCUCCCACACCCCGACACAGCUUUCCGAGGUCUCGUACCGCCAGUGACGGGAGCAAGGCCGAGGAAGGCCUCACGGGAAUCCCCAGCUCCAGUCCCUCGGCUAAUGGAUCUUGUUCUACCACGCCCAUCCUCAGGUCAAAGUCGACUCGCUCGGCACCCGCCUCGACAGCUAAAACGCCUCCUGGUCUGAUGCGCUCUAUCUCAACUCCGGCACCCUCCCCAGCCCCGAGCUUGUCCUCCAGCUCUGGGCAUGGAUCAGAAUUUGGUGGCAUGGCAUCUUGUGCGGGUCCCGCGGCAGGGACCGGCACCUACAGUCGCGUUCCCAUGCAUUGCGCUUCUGCCUCAGGUUCCCCAAGUGACUACGGCUCCUCAGAUGAAUAUGGCUCUAGCCCGGGGGAACAAAACCUCCUUGUGUCCCCCAGCCUGCCUGGAAGUUCUGUCGGUAGCGUUGGCAGCCAGUCACUUGGCGAGGAGGGAGCUAAUUACAUUUUAAUGGGCCAGCAUAGUGGUGGAAAUAUCAGCACUAAUCAAAGCAGCGUGACGUCCAGCUCCUUGCCAGCACCCGGAGCGCCAGUCUUUGGCUCCCAAGGCCAGACGAGGAGAGUUCUUCGCCGUUCCUCAAGCCGGGAAUGUGAAGCGGAACGUAGGUUGCUGAGUAAGCGUGCCUCCCUACCUCCCAUGGCGUUAGAGAGGCUGGUCCCGUGUCAGCACAGAGCUGAGGAGCCGGCAGAGGAAGACUCGGCCGACUACGCUAUAAUGUCAAGGAGCACCAGCCGUGAGUCAUUUUCGUCUACGUCAUCCGCAACACAGAGGGAAUUUCUCAUGGCUGCUGGCUCAGCAGGAGGAGCAGGAGGGGGGUACUUGGAUGUGGCAGGAGAGUUCAAAGGUGAAAGCGGCGGGGAUUCAGCUGCUGUUGUCGAUUUAGGAGUGGAUAACGGCUACAUGUCCAUGUUGCCGGGAGUCACUCAGCCUCCGGUGUCUCUACCCCAAUCACCGGCUGUCUCUGUCCCAGACACGGAACCUAAAGCUGCUGAUGAUUACAUGGCAAUGACUCCUAACAGCAGCGUGUCCCCGCCGCAGCAGAUCCGACCUCCGCCGACCUCAGACGGUUACAUGAUCAUGUCUCCAAACAGCAGCUGCUCGCCUGAUCAACGUGGUGGUCUUUCUUCAGGGGCUUGGGUGGGCAGUGGGAGUGCAGAUAGCAGGGCAGGUAGCGAUUACAUGAAUAUGUCACCUAUCAGUGCGCGCUCUGUAAACGGUAGCCCCCCACCUUCAGAUCACGCUAGCCAAUUGGAGACCAGUUCUCAACAGCAGGUCCCCAAGAUGGUGUACUCUUACUAUUCGCUUCCCCGUUCAUACAAACACAAUCCCUCUUCCAGACACUUUGACGAUGGUCCCGGACGUGGCAGAAGGCCAAACGGGGGAAGUGGUAGGGGAGGUAGGACAAUCGGGGGACGUCAGGAGCCGACUGCCGUGAACAGUUCAAUGUCAGGACGACACCUGUCGCUUUCCUCAUCCUCGUAUUCGUCCAGCUCAGCCAGCAGUGAAAGUCUAGGAGAAAGCGAGGAAAGAGCAGCAAGCGGCAUGGCUCCCACCCCUAAAGAUGGGACUAAGCUCCAGCAGCGACGAGGCUCCACUGGGUUACCAAAACACAGUAUCCACUCUCGAAGCAGACCUGUGAGCUUGUUUGUUGAUGUAUCCAAAGCCAACACGCUUCCCAGGGUCCGUGAGAACCCCUUGCCCCCAGAACCUAAGAGCCCUGGCGAGUAUGUCAGUAUUGAGUUUAAGGGAGAUAACGGCAACCAGCCUGGGGUCGGAGGAGGGCGUGGCCGUGUUCUCAGGAAUGCAUCCUCUAACCCUCAAGGUACAAACAACCAACAUCCUCAACACAGACCCGUGUCUUGCCUCGGGAAUUUUAACCCCCUGCCCCGCAGCCCGUCUGCGCCCGUUACCCCUCCAGCUGCUUCUGAGUAUGUCAACAUGGACUUGGGCCCUUCUCCAUCACCCUCGCCGCAUACCCCGCUGAUGUUCCCUCCUUUCCACACCCCUCCCACACCUCCAACUUUGGCUCUCGCUUCCAAAGUUCCUGAUGCCGAAUCAACUGUCCCUUGUGAAGAGGCGGCGGCAAUCGCCGAGGCGCCGCUAAGGAAAACCCGAGAGACGGUCCCAGAGUCUGAGUCCCCCACGUCGUGCGGGGACUACACAGUGAUGGCAUUCAGCCUGAACAAUACCACUGCUCCUAGGUCGUCCUCUAGCGUCUCACCAAAAGCUCCUUCCCCGACAAGGACUGAACCCUCUGUCGCACCACGGGGUUUAGACUUUGCUUUAGCCAAAACGGGUCCCAACCCGGAUCACGGAGCCAAAGUCAUCCGUGCCGACCCCCAAGGACGUAGAAGACAUUGCUCUGAAAGCUUCGUCGCCUCAUCUUCUCUCUCCACUCCGGGUUCCACCUCCUCUUCGUCAACUGCCUCACUCUUCCCAGAACAAACCGGAACCCGGCGACAGGGCUUCGAAGGCACACCGUGGCGCAAUUGCACCGUCCCAGACGCAUCCGCGCAGUCGCCUGUCCCUGGACAGCAACAGGUGGUCACCACGCAACCCCCCAUCACGGAGCAAGGCCUUAACUACAUAGACUUGGACCUGGCCAACAAGGAGAGCCCUCACUUAGGCCUGGAUGGAACGCCGGGAAGCCAGGCUCCCGCGCGCCUCUUUUCAGCUUUGGCUGCAAAUCCCGUCGGAGGAGGGGCCGUGGCUGCCGGCAGCUCCAGCGUCAACACCUAUGCCAGCAUUGACUUUUACAAAUCCGAGGAGUUGCGGACUCAUCAAAACGGAAAUAAGGAGGGAACAGAUUCUCUGCCCACAAACGAGCCAAAAGCACUGCUUUUAUCCAGCUUCACGGUGGCGACGUUCCAGGAAGUCUUUGUCUUUAUGACUUCCUGCCCGCUGAGGAGGAAGGGAAGCUGA